AUGCUGCCGACAGCGCUUCGGGGCCUCGCCACGCAGGGCCAGCCAGUCGCCCACGUCCUGAGGGCGUUCAGGGGAGGCGCCCGGUCGUCCAAUCUAGAAACGCGGCUCAGCCUCUUUGGCAGCCUCCGCUGGCUGGACUCCCUGUCAGCCAAGGCCCCGAGGUCGUGGAUUUGCGGAGAGCAGGGGCAGACACCUGGACGGCAAUCCUGCACUGCCAGGAAUGCCUCGUCUUCGAGCCUGCUGUGCAACACAAGCUCCUACCUCAGGAACGCCGCCAACGGCGCGGAGAUCUUCCUCAUCGGCACAGCGCACAUAUCGAAGAAGAGCGCUGAAGAGGUGAAAGAGACCAUCAACUUUGUUAAGCCAGACGUCGUGAUGGUGGAACUGUGCCAUGACAGAGCCAUUAGGCUAAGAUCGGGGCGGGCAUCGACGUUUGGAGACCUGCUUGCGAUACUAUUGAGACCCUUGACAGAAGGCGGGUUCGAUCCACAAAAGUUUGGAGCGUCUUUGUCAGAAUUGUUCCUUAAGAGCUUCUACAAGUAG